AUGAGCAUGCAACUAAUGUCGACGGCACUGACACUACUGCUGCUCCUUGCGGCAGCGGCAGCUACCACCGCGACCACUGGUGGGUGUCCGCCGAGCUGCGGCGGCGUGGACAUCCCCUACCCCUUCGGCAUCGGCCCAGGAUGCUUCCGCAAGGGCUUCGAGAUCGAGUGCACCAAGGACGGCCCUGUCCUCGCCGGCACGCCUCUCCGGGUGGUGCGCCUCUCCGUGGACCCAGACGAGUCCGAGGUGCUGCUCCCCAUCGGGUAUCACUGCUACAACGCGUCCAGCCCCAGCUCAACCGAGGACUUCAGCUACGCUGAGACGGAGAUGAACAAGGACGGCGUGUACCGCAUCUCCAACACGCACAACAUGCUCGUCGUCGUCGGCUGCAACACCAUGGCCUACACCGGCAGCGGGAAGACCGAGGGCGGCACCGACAGCUACGCCUACUACACCGGGUGCUUGUCCUUCUGCAACAACUCCGCGAGCGCGCAGGACGGCCUCUGCGCCGGCGUCGGCUGCUGCCACGUCGACAUCCCGCCGGGGCUCACCCACAACUACUACAAGUUCCGGCCCUACGACCACUCCACCAUGAUGGACUACAGCCCCUGCGAGUACGCCUUCCUCGUCGACAGGACCAACUACACCUUCCUCCGCUCCCACCUCAAGAUGGACACCAAACGGACCUCGCCGGUGUGGCUGGACUGGGCCAUCCGCGGCAACAGCUCCAACCCCGGCGACACACCGUCGUGCAAGCAAGCGGCCAAGACGGGUCAGUACGCCUGCGUGAGCGCUGACAGCCGCUGCGUCGAUUCCACCAAUGGGCCUGGCUACAACUGCAAGUGCUCUGAUGGCUACGAGGGAAACGCCUACUUUGCCGGCGGAUGCACGGAUAUUGAUGAAUGUGCAGAUCCAGCCAAGUAUGGUUGCUACGGUGUCUGCACGGAUAUCCAAGGAGAUUACAAAUGCGAAUGCCCUCCAGGUUAUCGGAGUCGUGAUCCAAGAACCGAACGAUGCACUCAAAAGUUCCCACUUGCAGCACAGAUUUCCGUAGGUGCAAUAGGUGGCAUUCUUGUCUUGGCAUUUCUGGCAUUCUUUUUUGUUCUUCGCAAAGAGAAGCAGAAGGCCAAAGACUUUUACCAAAAGAAUGGUGGUCUUACAUUAGAGAAAGCUAGAACUAUUAAGAUUUACACAAGGGGGAAUCUCAAACCAGUUUUAAAGAGUAGCAAUGUAAUUGGUAAAGGUGGCUUUGGUGAAGUUUACAAGGGUGUUGUUGAUGGAGUUAUCGUUGCAGUAAAGAAACCAAAUGGUCGUAGUGUCCUAGAGAAGGAGCAAUUUCCAAAUGAAGUCACCAUCCUGUCUCAAGUCAGCCACAAGAACAUCGUAAGGCUUAUAGGUUGUUGCCUCGAAGUGGAUAACCCCAUGCUAGUCUAUGAAUUCAUCUCCAAAGGAAGCUUGGAGGACAAUCUUCAUAGAGCUGACAACAAGGAGCUUCUUGACUUGGAUGUACGUCUAAGUAUUCUUGAAGACUCAGCACAUGGUCUAGCUUAUAUGCACUCACAAACCCAUAACACAAUCCUGCAUGGUGAUGUCAAACCAGCAAACAUACUCUUGGAUGAGAACUUUUCCCCAAAGAUCGCGGAUUUUGGCAUAUCAAAGUUGAUUGCACAAGGCAAGGACCACACUAGAAACAUCAUAGGUGACAUGUCUUAUAUGGAUCCCGUGUACCUACAAACAGGUCGAUUGACCGACAAAAGUGAUGUCUACAGUUUUGGGGUCGUCAUCUUAGAGCUCAUUAGCAGGAAGAGGGCCACUCAUUCUGACAAUAAUAGCCUAGUGAGGAGCUUCCUAGAGUGUCACCAAAAUGGGGAGACAAUGACUGAGCUCUUUGAUAAGGAAAUUGCAACGACCAGAGAUUUGGAACUUCUCAACAAGUUGGUAGAGAUUGCUGUUCAGUGUCUUAACCUUGAAGCAGAUCAAAGACCGUCAAUGACAGAUGUUGCAGGUCGCCUUGUCACGCUGCAUAGGUCCCGUAAUCCUUAG